AUGGCAAAAGCUAUACCAAAAAUUGGUUCACGUAAGAAAGUGGGUAUUGGUUUACGUAGGAAUGCACGUUUUAGUUUACGGAAGAGUGCACGUAGAAUAACAAAAGGGGUUAUUCAUGUUCAAGCUAGUUUCAACAAUACCAUUAUAACUGUUAUAGACCCACAAGGUCGGGUGGUUUUUUGGUCCUCGGCCGGUACUUGUGGAUUCAAAAGCUCAAGAAAAGCAUCACCCUAUGCUGGUCAAAGAACAGCAGUAGAUGCUAUUUGUACAGUAGGUUUGCAACGAGCAGAAGUUAUGGUAAAGGGCGCUGGUAGUGGAAGAGAUGCCGCAUUACGAGCCAUUGCUAAAAGUGGUCAAGCGGACACCGUCGGUAUUGCCUUGCGAAGAGCUUUACUUGGAGAAAUAGAAGGAACAUGUAUCACACGUGCAAAAUUUGGGAGCGUGCCGCACGAGUAUUCUACAAUAGCAGGUAUUGAAGAAUCCGUACAAGAAUUUUUACUAAAUUUGAAAGAAAUUGUAUUGAGAAGUAAUCUCUAUGGAGUUAGAGACGCAUCCAUUUGCGUCAAAGGUCCUAAAUUUUGUGCACCACGGGGUGGCAGCACAAGGCCUUUAGUACCAGUUGGUUGCUCCAACCGGUACUAA